CUGGAAAGGCAGAGCCUGGAACGGCAGAACCCGGAGGUGGAGAUCCCGAAGGUGGAGAGCCACUCCACCACCUCUCACCAGGACACGGAGGUGGAGUUUAAAGGCCUCACAGAGGAAGAGGAAAACACGUCACUUCUUCUGGCUGUGCCGAAAAAGAAGACAGAAUGUGCCCUCUACACCCCUAAGACAUUCAGACAGCAGCUGAUCAAGUAUCUUGGGUUCCCCAACCCAACACAGAUAUGCUAUUUAAACUCCUGCCUGCAGAGCCUCCUGACACUGAAGGAUUUUGUUAAAGCCAUCAGCCGUCAGGAGGAGGUCUGGAGGUUGAUCCCUGAGGCUGCACUUGUGAGAUCCUUUAUGGACAUUAAAGUGUCUCACUUCUCUGGCGAUGCAAGCCAUAAAAUCCGCCUCCUCUAUGCAUUCAAGAUGACGAUUUGGUCUCCAGUGUUCUGGGAUCUUCAGCAGAAGGAUGCUCAUGAGUUCCUCACCUCCAUGCUGGAGCAGAUAAGAUCUUUGAGCCCACGGCUUCAGGUGAUGGCAGCCAGCCUGGGCAGAUCCUACAGCUGUCCGGUGGAAGAUCACAUGGUGUUUAAAAUGGUUAACACCAGGACCUGCAAGAGGUGCGGUGUAGGAUCCAGCAGAGAGGAGGAAUUUACAAACCUCUCCCUGGACCUGGUACCUGGAGGCGGAACCAUGGAACAGAUGCUUCAGCUUUACCUGAUGGUAUGAAACACCUCUCCUCAUUCAUUCACACUAUAACCGAC